CUUUGCCAUCUGUCCUUGACCUUUCAGACACAACAAAAACCCCACCUUUCUUGGUGUCCUCUUAUCUUGUUCUUCCCCUCCUUCUCUCCUGGUCCUAAAGACUCAAUCUUUAAUGGCUUCCCGCUACAAUUCAUACGAUUCAAGGUCCUCAAAUUCCUCUUACUUCUCAGACCCAUCUUCAUCCACUGAACUAAGCUACAAACACUCAACUUCACGCGCAAUAAUCAAGUCCAAACCAGCAUAUUUGUCAGAAGUCAAGGUAAAAAACAAUGGAAAUGAUCACAAUUUAAGCACAAUGGUGAAGAAAUUCAUGGAGAAGAAGUCAGUAUCUUCCACGUCGAGUAAAGGGUCAUCAAGUAAGGGUGUGGGGUUGGUGAUUCCAUCGGAUUUAAUAGCAGAGGACUUGAAAAAGACUGCAAGGAAAGGGACUGCUUUUAUGGGUUUGCAGAAGAAAUUAUUCGGGAAGGAAAAUAAGAAGGAGGUGAAGGCGUUGACGGAGGCAAAAGUGAAUAGUAAUACAAGGACUUUAGCUAUGGUUUUGAAGAGUGAGAGAGAGCUUUUGAGUGCUAAUAAAGAACAAGAGUUGGAGAUUCAUAAGCUUAAGUUGAUGCUUGAAGAAAAGAACAAGGAAGUUGAGAAGUUGAAAGAUUUGUGCUUGAAUCAAAGACAAGAGAUGAGGUCAUUAAAAAGUUCAAUACUUUUUCCUGAUACAAUGAAUUCUCAACUUCAAGAGUUACUGGAGCAGCAAGGAUCAGAAUUGAAGCAAGCCAAACAACUCAUUCCAACUCUUCAGAAGCAGGUCACUUCCCUUACAGGUCAAUUGCAAUACCUUGCAGAGGAUCUUGCUGAGGUGAAGGCAGAUAAAUAUGCAAGGGCAUGCAUCCAAUAUCCUGGGAGCUCACCAGGAACACCAUCAUAUGACCAUGAAGAAACUGUUAAUUCCUUGGAAUUUAGCUCUUGCGAUGGUGCAACCCCGGGUAGUCCAGAUGACAUGCUUCUCAAGGAUUUAAAUCCAUGUUUAACACCCUAUUGUGCCGAGAAAAAAUCCAAGGAGUUUGAGACAAUGGGCUAUGAGUCUUCUCUUGACGCAAGCUUAUCGGAGAGCAACACGCAAACUAGCAAUGAACUUAGCUUCAGCUCUCGUCUGAGGAAGUUAUCCAAUAGUUCAGACUUUUACCAGAACUCCAGCGCAGGAAGCACAAUGACCCGAUCAACUCGCAGGUCAGAUGAAAGCAAAGGAGCAUACAGAAAGCAAACCCAACAAAGACAUUUCUAGCAUCCUAUCGGUCAUUCUGUUCUCAUGGGGCAUAUAUUUAAUCAACUGAUGCUUUUUUAUGUACUUUUUUUUUUUUAAUGAUGUUUAUGGAC